AUGGCUACCGAAUUGACCGUCCAGUCCGAGCGCGCUUACCAGAAGCAGCCUCACAUCUUCCUGAACCACAAGGUCGGCGGACCCCGCAAGAACACCCGCAGUAGGAGAUGGUAUAAGGAUGUCGGUCUGGGCUUCCGUACGCCCAAGACAGCCAUUGAGGGCACCUACAUCGACAAGAAGUGCCCAUUCACCGGCAUGGUCUCCAUCCGUGGCCGUAUCCUUACCGGAACUGUCAUGUCCACCAAGAUGCACCGCACCUUGAUCAUCCGCCGCGAGUACCUCCACUUCAUUCCCAAGUACUCCCGUUACGAGAAGCGCCACAAGAACCUUGCCGCACACGUUUCCCCCGCUUUCCGUGCCGAGCCCGGUGACCAGGUCGUUGUUGGCCAGUGCAGGCCCCUCUCCAAGACCGUCCGUUUCAACGUUCUCCGUGUCCUCCCCCGUAGUGGAAAGGCCGCCAAGCAGUUCUCCAAGUUUUAA